AUGACAGUCACAACGCCUCUUCACUCGAUGGUUUACCGCCUGGGCCAAUUAGUUCAACAAAACACUGUCAACCCUUCAGAGAAAGCCCAUUUUGAGCUCUUGCAAGUGAUCGAUCAGUUUAAACUGGCUGUCGAAAGCCCGUCGGAGACCGUUCAACGCCUUAUCUACCAGCCCCCGCAGAAUGCUGCACUACGAACCGUGGUCGAUUUGGAAAUUAUGCCUUUGCUCAUGCAGAAGCAGUACCAAAGUACAGGCAUCUCGGCUGCACAGCUAGCAGAGUCCACCGGUGCAGAACAGGACUUGAUCGUGCGAUUAAUGCGCGUUGUUUCUUCUCUGGGUCUAUGCACAACCCCGGAAUUUCAAUUAUAUAAAGCCAAUGAAAAGACAGCGGCGCUGGUCAAACCUGCCGGCCGUGAUGGAAUUCCUUGCAUAUAUGAUCUCACACUUCCAACCCUCGCCAGGCUACCCGAGUAUCUGCGGGCUCAUGAUUAUGUCAACCCUGAAGACUACGACAACUCACCAAUGAAGUGGGCAGUUGGUCAAAGCCAGUUCGAAUGGCUAGCUAACAACAAAGAUAAACAGACCUUAUUUAACUCAUACAUGGCGAGCCGCCGACAGGGUAGACCGAUGUGGUUUGACGUUUACCCUGUGGAGCGAUUGUUCGGCCAUUCCAUUCCAAUUGGAGACACACCGUUCCUAGUAGAUGUUGGCGCAAACCAAGGACACGAUCUAAAGGAAUUCCGCCAGAGAUACAAGCAUCUUCCAGGCAAACUCAUCUUGCAAGACCAGCCUAAAGUCGUCGCCGGUAUUUGUGGCCAGGAACCCGGCAUCGAGGCUAUGCCGUACAACUUUUUUGAGCCCCAGCCCGUCAAAGGAGCACGUAUAUAUUACUUUCGCUCAAUAUUCCACGACUGGGCGGAUCAAAUCUGUCUUCAGAUCCUGCGCAACACGAUAUCUGCCAUGGUCCCAGGCUAUUCUCGAAUCUUGAUUGUGGACUUUGUGCUGUCGGAUACUGAUACGCCUCUUAUGCAGGCCUCGCUUGAUAUUCAGAUGAUGAGUAUUGGCGCUGGUGUGGAGAGAUCAGAGACACAGUGGAGAGAUUUACUUCAGAAAGCUGGCUUGAAAAUUACUGGUAUUUGGAAUGAAAGCCCGGGCAUGGAAUCGGUCAUUGAGGCUGUUCCCAUAUCCUAA